UUCUGACAGCGAACAAACGCCUCAGACGCUAUCAACUGAACGCAGCUGUCGUUUGUGAAUCGUUCGGCAAACUCGCAUGUCGGCGCGCAAGUAAUGGCGGACGCCGCUGCUCGUUCGCUUCAGUAUGAGUACAAAGCGAACUCCAACCUCGUGCUCCAAGCCGACACACGCUUGAUCGAGAGAAGACCCCGAGAUGAGGCCACCGGCGAAGUCAUCUCCCUGGUGGGCAAGCUGGAAGGCUCCCGCAUGGGAGACCGCUACCAGCGCACCAAACCCAGCAAGGACGAAAAGAAGUCCAAGAAGCAGAAAAAGGCCGCCGCCGAGGAAAACAAGUACGACGCAGCCAAGCUGAAGGGUCAGUCCCUUCUUUCGGAGGGAGUGGAAGACGUGGUCGGCAUCCUGUAUCGCCCCAAGACAACGGAGACCAAGCAGACGUACGAGGUGUUGCUGAGCUUCAUCCAGGAAGCCCUGGGCGACCAGCCGCGCGAUAUCCUUUGUGGUGCCGCGGACGAGAUCUUGGCCGUACUCAAGAGCGAGCGCACUAAAGAGAGCGAACGCAGACGGGAAACAGAAGCAUUGUUGGGCCCCGUCGCCGAGGAGCGGUUCGCCCUGCUCGUAAACCUGUGCAAGAAGAUCACCGACUACGGCGUCGACGAGAAGCAGCAGGUUGUCGACGAAAACAUCGACGAAACGUACGGCGUCAACGUCCAGUUCGAGGAGUCGGAUGAGGACGACGACGAGAUCGUCGGGGAGGUCCGCGACGAUGACUCCAACGACGAGAACGAGGGCGAGGAGGCCCACUUGGAUACCAUGCUGCAGGCGACCAAUUUGAAGGUCGGACAGGAAGGCGGACACAAGAGCGGCAAGGGCCUGCACCCGCGUGAGAUCGACGCCUACUGGCUGCAGCGCAAGCUGAGCAAGUUCUAUGACGACCCCGUGGUGGCCCAGACCAAGGCCGGAGAAGUCCUGGACAUUCUCAAGACUGCUGUGGACGAUCGUGAUGUUGAGAACCAGCUGGUGCUGCUCCUUGGGUUCAACCAGUUUGACUUCAUCAAGGUCCUCCGCCAGCACCGGCAGAUGAUUCUCUACUGCACACUGCUGGCCUCGUCGCAGAGCUCGACGGAAAAGUCCAAGCUGCGCGAGAAGAUGCAGGCUGAUCCGGAUCUGGAGAAAAUCCUGCGCCAGCUGGAGAACACAGACAAAGACGACAUGGUCCAGGAGGAGCGAGACCGGCGGGCGCAGGCCAGGCAGGCGCGCGUCAAUGCUGAGCUGGAGCCCAUGGAGGUGGACGAGGACAGCUUGGUCCAGAUGUCGCAGUGCAAGAUGCUGGACCUUGAGGAUCUGUCCUUCCAGCAUGGCAGUCACUACAUGGCGAAUAAACGGUGCCAGCUGCCAGAUGGUUCAUUCCGGAAGCAACGCAAGGGCUAUGAGGAAAUCCACGUGCCUGCCCUCAAGCCCAAGGCCUUCAGCGCCAGUGAGUCGCUGAUCUCGGUGGACAAGUUGCCAAAGUAUGCACAGCCCGCUUUUGAGGGCUUCCGGAGUCUCAACCGCAUUCAGAGCCGACUGCACAAGGCGGCUCUUGAAACGGACGAAAAUCUGCUCCUCUGCGCUCCGACGGGUGCCGGGAAGACCAACGUGGCCCUGCUGUGCAUGAUGCGAGAGAUUGGGAAGCACAUCAACCCAGACGGGUCCAUCAACGGAGACGAGUUCAAGAUUGUCUACGUUGCCCCCAUGCGGUCUCUGGUACAGGAGAUGGUGGGAAACUUCAGCAAGCGACUCAACUCAUACAACAUCACAGUGUCCGAGCUGACGGGCGACCAUCAGCUGACACGGGAACAAAUCACAGCCACCCAAGUGAUCGUCUGCACUCCCGAGAAGUGGGACAUUAUCACGAGAAAAGGCGGUGAACGCACAUACACCCAACUGGUGCGGCUGAUGAUCUUUGAUGAGAUCCAUCUGCUUCACGACGAGCGAGGUCCAGUCUUGGAAGCCCUGGUUGCCAGGACAAUCCGCAACAUUGAGAUGACGCAAGAAGAGGUUAGGCUGGUGGGUCUCAGUGCCACCUUGCCCAACUAUGAAGAUGUGGCAGCCUUCCUGCGGGUCGACGCGGCCAAGGGGCUCUUCUUCUUUGACAACAGCUUCCGCCCAGUACCUUUGGAACAGCAGUACAUUGGCAUCACAGAGAAGAAAGCCAUCAAGCGCUUCCAACUCAUGAACGAGAUUCUCUACGAGAAGGUCAUCGACAACGCAGGAAAAAAUCAGAUCCUCAUCUUCGUCCAUUCGCGGAAGGAGACGGGGAAAACCGCCCGAGCAGUGCGAGACAUGUGUCUUGAAAAGGACACUCUCGGACACUUCCUGCGCGAGGGCUCUGCCUCUACCGAAGUCUUGCGGUCUGAAGCAGACCAAGUCAAGAACUUAGAGCUGAAGGACCUCUUGCCAUACGGCUUUGGCAUCCACCACGCUGGAAUGAGCCGUGUGGACCGUACUCUUGUUGAGGACUUGUUUGCGGACCGUCACAUCCAAGUACUUGUGUCAACAGCCACACUUGCCUGGGGAGUGAACCUCCCAGCCCACACGGUCAUCAUCAAGGGAACCCAGAUGUACAACCCUGAGAAAGGUCGCUGGGUGGAACUGGGUGCACUAGAUGUACUCCAGAUGUUAGGACGUGCAGGCAGACCCCAGUAUGACACCAAGGGAGAGGGCAUCCUCAUCACCAACCACAGCGAGCUGCAGUACUACCUGUCGCUGCUGAACCAGCAGCUUCCCAUCGAGAGCCAGAUGAUCAGCAAGCUUCCCGACGUGCUGAAUGCUGAGAUAGUGCUGGGAAACAUUCAGAAUGUCAAGGACGCCUGCACCUGGCUCGGCUACACCUAUCUGUAUAUCCGGAUGCUCCGCUCGCCCACACUCUACGGGAUCUCCCACGACGAGCUCAAGUCAGAUCCACUCUUGGAGCAGCGACGUGCGGACCUCAUCUUCACGGCUGCGGCGCAGCUUGAAAAGAGCAACUUGAUCCGCUUCGAGAAGAAGUCUGGUCUGCUCCAGGUGACGGAGCUGGGGCGAAUCGCCAGCUACUACUACUGCACCUACAACACAAUGGCAACGUACAACCAGCUGCUCAAGCCAACGCUAAGCGAGAUUGAGCUCUUCAGAGUCUUUUCUCUUUCUGGAGAGUUCCGGAACAUCACCAUCCGGGAGGAAGAGAAGCUUGAACUCCAGAAACUGAUGGAGCGGGUGCCCAUCCCAAUCAAGGAAAGCAUGGAAGAGCCUACAGCUAAGGUCAAUGUCCUCCUUCAGGCUUACAUCUCUCAACUGAAGCUGGAAGGACUGGCGUUGAUGGCAGACAUGGUCUAUGUCACGCAGAGUGCCGCACGUCUCAUGCGAGCCAUCUUCGAGAUUGUGCUGCACCGCGGCUGGGCCCAGUUGACAGACAAGGCUCUCUCUCUGUGCAAGAUGAUCGACAAGCGGAUGUGGCAGUCAAUGACUCCACUUCGACAGUUCCGGAAGGUACCGGAUGAAGUGGUGAAGAAGGUGGAGAAGAAAAACUUCCCCUGGGAACGUCUUUAUGACCUCGGGGUCAGCGAAAUCGGAGAGCUCCUGCGAAUGCCCAAGUUGGGAAAGCUGGUGCAUCGCUAUGUCCACCAGUUCCCCAAGCUGGAGCUUUCGGCACACAUCCAGCCAAUCACACGGUCCAUGCUCCGUGUUGAAUUGACUAUCACACCAGACUUCCAGUGGGAUGAGAAGGUCCAUGGCACCUCAGAAGCCUUCUGGAUCCUUGUUGAAGAUGUGGACAGCGAGGUUGUUCUGCACCACGAGUACUUCUUGCUCAAAAGCAAAUUCUCGCAAGAUGAGCACCUCAUCAAGUUCUUUGUGCCUGUGUUUGAACCACUGCCACCGCAGUACUUCAUCCGAAUUGUCUCCGACCGCUGGCUCAGUGCCGAGACUCAACUGCCUGUGUCCUUCCGGCACCUGAUCCUUCCGGAGAAAUACCCGCCUCCAACAGAGCUGCUUGACCUGCAGCCCUUGCCCGUGUCUGCGCUGCGGAACCCGACCUUUGAGGCUCUGUACCGCGACAAGUUUCCUUUCUUCAACCCGAUCCAGACGCAGGUCUUCAACGCCAUCUACAGCAGCGAUGAUAACGUCUUUGUUGGUGCUCCAACGGGCAGCGGGAAAACCAUCUGUGCAGAGUUUGCUAUCCUGCGGCUGUUUUCACAGACCCCCGAGGGAAGAUGCGUGUAUGUGACUGCCAAGGAGGCACUGGCAGAGAUCAUCUAUGCCGACUGGACACAGAAGUUCUCACUCCUCCUGAACAAGAAGGUUGUCAUCCUGACAGGAGAGACAGGCACAGACCUGAAGUUACUUGCCAAAGGAAACAUCAUCAUCAGCACACCUGAAAAAUGGGACGUGCUGUCACGACGCUGGAAGCAACGCAAGAACGUCCAGAACAUCAACCUCUUCAUUGUGGAUGAGCUCCAUCUGGUGGGCGGCGAGGGUGGUCCCGUGCUCGAGGUGAUCUGCUCGCGUAUGCGCUACAUCUCAUCCCAGAUCGAACGUCAAAUCCGCAUCCUUGCACUCAGCUCAUCCCUAGCCAAUGCCAGGGAUGUCGGGCAGUGGCUUGGUGCUAACGCCAACUCAACGUUCAACUUUCACCCCAAUGUGCGUCCGGUGCUGCUCGAACUCCACAUACAAGGGUUCAACAUCACUCACAACGCCUCCCGUUUGCUGUCUAUGAGCAAGCCGGUCUACCAAGGGAUCAUGCGUCACUCUCCCCGCAAGCCUGUCAUUGUAUUUGUGCCGUCACGCAAGCAGACCCGGCUUACGGCUAUCGACGUUCUGACCUACUCGGCAUCAGAGGGACAAGCAUCGAAGUUUCUUCACUGCACCGAGGAUGACCUCAAGCCAUUCCUUGAACAGAUCACGGACAAGACGCUGAAGGAGACACUCACCAAUGGUGUUGCCUACCUCCAUGAAGGACUGAGCACGGCUGACCAAAGACUAGUUGAACAGCUCUUUGACAGCGGUGCCAUUCAAGUGGUAGUGGUGUCUCGAAGCCUCUGCUGGGCUCUCUCUCUGUCGGCACACCUGGUCAUUGUUAUGGACACACAGUUCUACAAUGGUAAAGUGCAUGCCUACGAAGAUUACCCUGUGACGGACGUCCUCCAAAUGGUCGGCCGUGCCAACCGUCCCCUUGUCGACGAAGACGGCAAAUGCCUUCUGCUUUGCCAGUCUUCCAAGAAGGACUUCUUUAAGAAGUUCUUGUAUGAACCACUUCCAGUGGAGAGCCAUCUGGACCAUUGCCUCCAUGAUCACUUCAACGCCGAGAUCGUCACCAAGACCAUUGAGAACAAGCAAGAUGCGGUGGACUACCUCACGUGGACAUUCCUGUACCGCAGGAUGACUCAAAACCCCAACUACUACAACCUCCAGGGUGUGACCCAUCGCCAUCUGUCGGAUCACUUGUCUGACCUGGUAGAGAACACACUGAACGACCUAGAGCAGUCUAAGUGCAUCAGCAUUGAAGAUGAGAUGGAUGUUGCCCCACUCAACUUGGGCAUGAUUGCCGCAUACUACUACAUCAACUACACGACCAUUGAGCUCUUCAGCAUGUCCCUCAACUCCAAAACCAAGAUCAGGGGCCUGCUGGAGAUCAUCAGCUCGGCAGCGGAGUAUGAAAAUAUUCCGAUCCGUCACCACGAGGACAACUUGCUAAGGCAGCUCUACAACCGCCUGCCACACAAGCUGACCAAUCCCAAAUUCAGUGACCCACACGUGAAGACAAACCUGCUCUUGCAAGCGCACCUGUCACGUAUGCAGCUCCCUGCAGAGCUCCAAUCCGACACAGAAGACAUUUUGGGCAAGGCGAUCAGACUGAUCCAGGCUUGCGUGGACGUGCUGAGUUCUAAUGGCUGGCUCACCCCAGCACUCGCAGCCAUGGAGCUUGCACAGAUGGUCACGCAAGCACUGUGGAACAAGGACUCGUACCUCAAGCAGCUUCCCCAUUUCAACGCGGACGUGGUCAAGCGGUGCCAGGAGCACAGCGUAGAGACCGUCUUUGACAUCAUGGAGCUUGAGGAUGAAGACCGCAACAAGUUGCUCCAGAUGACAGACGUCCAGAUGGCAGACGUCGCCAAGUUCUGCAACCGGUACCCCAACAUAGAGCUGACCUACGAGAUCCAAGGGAAGGACCACAUCCGGUGCGGUUCUGCGGUCAACGUCGUGGUCCAGCUAGAGAGAGAAGACGAGGUGGUAGGACCGGUCAUUGCACCCAUGUUCCCUCAGAAGAGAGAGGAAGGAUGGUGGGUAGUGAUUGGAGAGGCCAAGAGCAACUCCCUCAUCUCCAUCAAGAGGCUGAGUUUGCAGCAGAAGGCAAAGGUCAAGCUCGACUUUGUGGCGCCGGCUCCGGGAGACCAUACGUACACACUGUACUACAUGAGCGACUCUUACAUGGGUUGCGACCAGGAGUACAAGUUCACAAUUCACGUGGGCCAGAUGGAUUCCAGGAAGCGCAACGACAGCGACAGUGACUGAAGCUCUGUUGAAGGGGUCCUUUUUUUUAUGUAACAGCAUCUUGUCAUUCCUUUUGUUUUUGUACAUAAUGUAUCCUUUGUGUUGUCUCAUCAAAUAAAGCUUUGGCGAUUA